AUGAUGGAUUCUCGCCAGCUCGACCUUCUCCUGGCAGGCCUGGCCGGGGCGCUGGUCACCUAUGGUGGGACGCGGCUUUUGCGCAGGGUUGCAGGCGAGGGAGUCCCAACUCCUCCAGCGAGAGACGCCAAGGACAUGAAUGGAAGCAUCGCUGCGCUGCGCUCCACCACUCCACACCCUCAUUGGACACCCCCAAACCCUUUGCCCGCCCCCUUUAGCGACAAGUACCAUGAUGUGGACCCUGCAACCACUCCGUCAGCAGUGCUCUACCCCCUCGUCAUCUCGGCCAUUGUCCCCAGGCCCAUCGCCUUCAUCUCCACACUGAAUGCGGCAGGCAGCGUGGGUAAUCUUGCGCCAUACUCUUACUUCAAUGCGGUGGCACAUGACCCACCUACCUUGGCGAUUGGCUUCUGCGCGAGUUCCAUUCGAGACCACCGACGCAAAGAUAGCUUGGUCAACAUUGUCGAAACUGGGGAGCUGGUUGUGAACAUCAUCAGCGAAUGGUUUGUGGAGGCUGCCAAUCACUGCUGCGGAAACUUUGAUUACGGGCAGAAUGAGUUCGAGUUGUCAGGCCUCACACCCAUGCCGUCCGUCAAGGUCAAAGCCCCUCGGGUCCGGGAGUCGGCGGUGCAGAUGGAGUGUAAGGUGGUGCACAGCUAUGAAGUGAGGAAUGCGGCUGGCGCUGUGUCCACCACCGUCAUACUGGCCCAGGUGGUCUUGAUGCACGUGGCCGAUGGCGUCGCAGGUGCAUCGCCAUCAGGGAAGCUGGUUGUGGACCUGGCAAAGUAUGCACCCAUCUCUCGUCUGGGGGGCAACACGUAUGGCAGGGUGAAGGAGACGUUUGAUCUGCCCCGCCCAGACAGGACCCCCGCCCAGAAACACAUCCAAUACACCAGUCAGCCAGAGUGA